AUGGCGCAAUAUUUCUAAUCAUCAAACAAAAGAGGAGAAUUAUUCGAAUUGACAGAAGAUUUAAACUCUAAUUCCUAUGAAAAAAAGAAAGAGGCUGUCAAGAAGGUUAUAGCCCAUAUGACUAUCGGAAAAGAUGUUUCCCCUCUCUUUUAGCCAGUUAUUAAAUGCUUAGAAUUCCCCUAAUUAGAAUUGAAGAAGCUCGUAUAUUUAUACAUCAUUAACUACUCUAAAACAAAGCCUGACGAUGCCAUUAUGGUUGUGAGUUAAUUUGAUAAGGAUAUUAAAAAUAAGCAAAAUCCUAUUCUUAGAGCUCUUGCAGUGCGUACCAUGGGUUGUGUAAGAGUACCAAGCAUCAACUAAUAUUUAGCUGAACCUUUAAAAGAAGCUCUUGUAGAUCCCGAGCCUUAUGUUCGUAUGACUGCAGCACUUUGCAUUCCCAAAGUUUAUGAGGUUUCACCUGACAUUAUUGAAAAUCAUAAUCUUAUUUAAUCCUUGUAAAAUAUGCUUACAAAUGAAGCAAAUGCAAAAGUUUUAGCUAAUGUUCUUAUAGCUUUAAACGAAAUGUCAUAUUACAGAGGAAAGAAUUUAAUAACAAUCACAUAAAAAGUAUUACAAAAAAUGCUAACAGCUGUCAAUGAAUGUCAUGAAUGGGGUCAAGUUGUUGUUAUGGACUACUUAGUUAACUACAUUCCAGAGAACUCUAAAGAAGCUGAAAUGAUCGUUGAAAGAGUUCUUCCUAGAUUGUCUCUUAUUAAUCCUGCUGUAGUAUUUAGUGCAAUUAAAGUAGUAAUCAAGUUUAUGGAUUAUAUUACAUCAGUUGACAUUGUUAAAAACUUGAGUGCUAAAAUAUCUCAAAAUUUAAUUUCUUUAAUAUCAUGGCAAUAACCUUAAAUUUAAUACGUUGUUUUAAAAUGUGUUCCUCAUAUUCUUCAAAAGAGACCUGGAAUUAUGGAAAAGAACAUCAAGGUCUUCUUUUGCAAUAUUAAUGAGCCAUAUUAUAUUAAGAAUGAGAAGCUUGACAUCUUAGCAAAAAUUUGUGAUAAUAAGAACUACGAAUCAGUGUUAAAUGAAAUCAAAGAAUACGUUAAUGAACCAGAUCCAGAUUUCGUUAGACGUUCUAUUAGCUCUUUAAGCACUAUAGCAAUUAAAUUCGAAAGAGCAGUUGAUAAGACAAUUGAAAUUUUAGUAGAAUAAAUGAAAUAAAUUAGAGAAACUUACAGAACCACUGAACCUUAUGUUUAGGAAAUUAUUAUUGCAAUGUAAAAAAUAUAUAGAAAAUAUCCAAGUAAAAUUAAGCAUGAAAAAAGCUUGGAAGUUCUAAUUAAUAUUGUUGAUUUGGCCACCGAAGAACAAGCUAAAGCAGCUGCAUCUUGGAUUAUCGGUGAAUAUGCUGAGUUCAUUCCUAAAGUUGUUGAGCUUAUAAAUACCAGAAUUUCAGAAUUUUUACAAGAACAAAGAGGUGUUUAGUUAGAAAUUUUAACAGCUGCUAUUAAGAUUUUAUUGAAGUACCCUGAUGAAGGAUAACACUUCAUCUAAAAUCUUCUUGAAUAAGCUUCAUAUAAGACUGAAAACCCUGAUGUCCGUGAUAGAGCUUUUAUUUACUGGAGAAUGUUGUCAAUUGAUACUGAAAAAGUUAAGGACACUGUUAUUUGCAAAAUGCCCUCUAUCCAAGAAGACAAUUAUUCAAAUGAUACUGAAUUUACAGACAAAAUGAUUGACAGUUUGGGUUUAAUUUGUGCUGUUUACAGUAAGACUGUUGAUGAAAUGUUCCCUCGUCGUAGAAGAGUACCAACUAAAGAUGCUAACGCUUCUCAAAACCAAAAGUCUCCUGAAAAAUCUAAGAUAGAAGAUAAAAAGGAUGAUUCUAAAGUUGAAAAAGCUGAUGUAGUAGUUGAAGAUAAAAAAGAAAAGGUUACUUAACCAUAAACUUAGGUUGUAAAUCCUCCUGCUCCCGUUCAACAACCUCAACCUGCUAACUUAAAUCUUUUAGAAUUAUUGGAUGAUGCUCCAACUCCAGUAUAGCCUGUUACCGUUCAAAAGUAACCUGAAGUUAAACCAGCUAACAAUGUUGGAACUGAUUUACUAGAUAUGCUUGAUGACCACGUUGUUCCUGCAUAUUAGCCAACUUAAGCUGUAAGCAACUAACCUGUUGUAUAAAAUAACAAUGACUUUGACUUAUUUGAUUCUCCCUCCAAACCCCAAGUCGCUCCCAUAUAAUCCUAAAUAAACUACAUUAAUGUAAUUAAUAGUACAACCCCAGGAAAAACUGGUAAAUCUGGAUUACAGCUUGAUGCUUGCCUUGUUUAUGAAAAUAAUUAAAUUGUUUUGAAGCUUAGAAUUAAUAACAGAUCUACUUUAUUAAUUAACGAAUUUCUCUUAUAAAUUUCUCCUAAUUACUUUGGUUUGAAAAUAAACGAAUAACCUGUAGUCAACAUUUACUAAAAUGCAACUGUUGAAGUUCAAACCACUCUCUCAUUCACAGGCAAAUAGGAUCCAACUAAAUUACCUCCUAAUCCUUAUUAAUUAAUGAUGGCUGUAAGAAAUCAAAUUGAUACUUUCUUCUUUGAUCUCCCUGCUAACAUAGUGCAUUUGUUGAGUCUUGAUGGAAGAGUAACCCAAGAUGAUUUUAAAACUAUAUGGAAAUCUAUACCUGAUACUACACAUAGAGAGCAAAGUGUAGCUUUUAUUUAGCCCCAAUAUUUCUAGAUAGAAUCACUUAAAUAGAAGCUUAAUGAUAAUAGAAUUUUCUACAUUGCAGCUAAAAAUAAAAAUAGUUAUUAUAGUGCUAAAAUAAAUAAUACUGUUGUCUUAUUGGAAGUUAUAGUUCCAAGUAAUACUAAUCCUCAAGGAGCUACUGUUGGAGCACGUAGUUAAGAUUAAAACGUCUUGUAACCACUUAUUAAUGGAGUACUUGAAAUUCUCUAAAAAUGA